ACCUGAGUGGGCAGGUCUUUGCCAGUCACGUCCUUCAAGUACUGUUUCACGUCUUUCUCCAAAGCCCAUAUGUCACCCUCGACCUUCCGGACCAAUGUCAUCUUCCGGUUUCCGUGGGUCAGGUCCGUGUAGACGGGUAUGUUGUGCAUGCGGGAGCGUCGAAUCAUGUAAGGAAGAGACGGUGGUAACUCUGCCGGAGGUAUCCAUCCAGACGGGGUUGGCCCUGCGUGCUUGGGCGGAGAGGGGACCCGUGUCGGCGGGAUGAGACGCUCGACAAAUGUAUAUUCUUCAGUUGACUCUUCUAUUACCGCAUUAGUGUCUUUCGGUGCCGUGCCACAAACGGCCCUUCGACCUACAACGGCAGCAGAGGAUCCUGGUGUCCAUUUGUGGAAACGAAAGGCUCCACGCAGCGCCCCGCGUAGAAACAUGGAGCCAAAGUUGUAGUGGACCGCCAUGAUUAAACAAGGUGCUGCUAGAGUGGAGUAUGGGCUUUCUGACAACCAGGAUUCACUAGUUGGGGAUGGUAUGGACAACCUCUGACAAUCAGCUUUCUCUGAGGAGCCCGGGAGUGUACUUCUGACACCGCCUCUCAUCAGACGUAAGAAAACAACAGCAAGAAAGAACAAAAUAUGGACCGAGGGAACACACUCUACAGAGAGGACAUUGCUCUGAAUAAUAAACCCUCCGAUAUAGAGGCAAUGACGUCACCCUCAGGCAAAGUGUAUCGGCCCAUCAACAUCAACCACUAUGCCACCAAGAAGAGCGCGGCUCAGAGCAUGCUGGAUGUCGCUUUACUGAUGGCAAACUCGUCGCAGCUAAAGACGGUUCUCUACGUGGGGCCGCAGUACCGUUUCUACAUCCCCCUCAUUGUCUUACUGUCCGUGUCCAUUACACUGCAAGUCAUCGUGGGUCUACUGCUUGUCUUUAUAGUAAAGUAUGAUCUGAAUGACGUGCGUAAACACGCCAAACUGAACAGGAUGAACAAUAUGGCGACGGUGUUCGUCUUCUUCACCGUCCUCAUUAACAUCUUCAUCACAGCGAUGGGCUUUGAGGGUCAUGCUGUCAGGUCAGCCGCUGAGCCCAUGAUGUUAGAAGCAGCACGUCAUACAUCCACUCAGCCUGCUGACCUCAACAUAACUGGCCUUUAAGUCGGCAGUGAACGUUAUCUCCAAGUGUUCAAUUGUACAGUCUUUGCAUGUUCACUGCAUUGACUUAUGGCAGUUUUUAAGUGUGAUGAUGCUGCAUUUUCAUGUCAUAUUGAAUGCAAUGUUUGCACAUACUAUGUUAUUUAUAAUUUUAUACAUGUAAAUAUAUACAGUAUAGUACUACUUUA